AUGGAUCCGGACGACGAUGCGCCCAAGAAGCCCGAGUCGAAGCAGCUGGGAGCCAGCGACGUGUCGUCAAUCUUCGACCUGAAGAAUGAGCUGCUGAAGCGGAAGAGCGAGGUGGCGCAGCGAGGCAGCGGAGCCGUCGGCACCGGUGAUUAUGCCAAGAUUGGAAAGGCGGGCGGUAUACUGACGGUGAAAGCGGAUGAAAAGACGCGGCUCCGAGCCGAAACCGACGAGCGGAAACGGCGCAUCGCCGAGCAUGAAGCGGCAAUGCGCGCCGAAGACGAGGCCACCCGCGCCAAACAGCAGAAGAUUAUGCGGGAGAAAUCUGAGCUCUACGAGAAGCUGCAGAAUGGCGAAGUCGCCUUCACGCACAACGACAAUACACCCGUCGAGUUUAUGGUCGAGUUUCACCUGAAGAAGAAGGAACUCGAUGAAAAGCAGGAUCGGGAAUUUGGGCCGUGCUACGAUGAAUGGGAGGGAGAGGACGAUCGCCCUCGAACAAGCCGAGCCCCCGCACCCCGGAAGCCCGUCCAACCGCAGCGAUAUAACCCCGGGGAAGAUCAACGCGUCUACGGUGUCUCCCACAUCAAUCUAUCACAAGACGAGGCAAAGCGACAGGCCAAGAUCAAGGAGCUCUACGAAUUGAGCGAGGCCACAAACAAGGCCCGUGAGAAGAAGGCGCAAAUGCUGAAAAAGGAGAGGGAGAAGCGCGAUGAACGGAAGGCCGCCCUCAGGAAACGACUUGGGCUGCCUCCAGAAGAGAAAGAGCCGUCGCCGCCACCUGCCCCCGAGCCAACGUAUCUCGACAUCCCGCUGCCAAUCAACGAGACCGUCGAGGAGACGUACGCGAAGAAGCUGAAAAGCGAUCGAGCCUGGGACCGGGGCAAGGGCACCUACAACGCGUGGAUCGAGCGGCAGCGCGAGGAGCGCGAGGACGAAUUCGCCCCGCCAUCCUCCUACCACAGAAGA